AUGAAUAAUUCUACCAGACACGAAUACUCAUCGUUGAUAAAAGAACAGCGACAGCUGAAAAAGGCAGAAAGUGUGCUUAAAUCCAUGAUUGAAAAAAUCAAUCACGAGCUAAACCAACUGGUGGUUGAAGAACUACAAAUUAAAGCCCGAGACGUUGCACUUAGCAUUGAUACCGUAACUGCCAGAACCGUUAAGCCAGAUACACCGAUGAAUGUAGCCACGUCCAGCACAAAGGAAAUCAAUCAACAGACACUCUAUCUAGAAGUGGAGAACGAACGAUUGCUGGAAUCACUAGAAGAAACGGAGGACGAACUAUAG